CGCACAGAAUACUGGGAAACAAACAGUGGUAUGAAUAACGCUCGGCGUAAACAUCCGUUGCUGAGGUGGGCAAGAGCUCGCAUAACACAAGUAAAACAACUCAUCCAGGGAACGCAACGACCGUCUAUCCGCGACUUUUAUAAUCGGUGUUAUUCUGGCCAAGAGAUGUGACAUGUUGAGCUGGGUGAGCGGCGGGACUUUGGACCGGAGCCUGGUUGGGAGUAACGUUACUGCAGUGAGCUGUGCCUGGAGUCGGGAAAGUUGAGCGACGCGUGUGUGUGAUUUAUCCGUCAGACGCGAUGACAGCAGCGAUCUGAACACGCCCGGAGGGAUUUCAUUCCUCUGAUGUUGGGAAGGAGGGUAUGGCGUUCAUAAGUGAACGACAGCAGACACAUUUGCAUCUUGAGUCCUUGAAGUGGUAACUUACAGCUCCACAUCAGUUUUCCCCAGAUAAAUUAUUAUACAUUACUGGAUUUUUCGGGACAAUUCCUCGCUAACCAGGGAAUUGAUUGCUGAUCCCUUUGUCAGAGGAUCCCCGGGAUUUGGCAACGUGUAAAUCCAAGGGUCAACAUUUUGGACUGGACGUCCAAUCAAUCAAUCGAGUGAAGUCAUAUGAAGAAGGGAUGAAUAUGUGGAGCUCAGGGUCAGUGCAGGGUGUGCUGAAAGCCCUGAAGCACGCCGCGGGGAAAGGACACAUCCAGCUCAGCCGCUGGCUGCAAAAGACCCCUGACUCACUGGACUGCGACAAGAUCGACAUCUUGAUCUGUAACGUCUUUGACGAGAGAGCCAACGGCGGGAAAUCGGAGGCAGAGCCCGCGGGACUGACCGAGACCGGUGCGCCCUUCACCCCCGAGUUCAGGCAUCCGUGUUGCAUUACCACCUGUUGCUUUAAAAGUGCCCUGUUGGCGUGCAUCCUGACAGCCGUGUGCUUCUCAUCGGUAGCUCUCGUGCGCCAGUACCUGAAGGAUGUCUUGUUGUGGGUGGAGAGUUUGGACAGUUUCGUGGGAGCCUUGCUGUUCAUUGUCGGCUUGAUCACGGUGUCUUUCCCCUGCGGCUGGGGUUAUAUCGUGCUGAACGUGGCCGCGGGUUAUUUAUAUGGGUUUGUGUUGGGGAUGGGACUGGUGAUGGUUGGGGUUUUGAUCGGGACUUUCAUAGCUCAUGUGGUGUGUAAGCGAUUGCUGACGAACUGGGUUCUGAGUAAGAUCGGGAGCAGUGAACAGCUGAGUGCUGUUAUUCGGGUGGUGGAGGGGGGAAGUGGACUCAAAGUUGUGGCCUUAGCGAGACUCACACCGAUUCCUUUCGGUCUCCAGAACGCGGUCUUCUCGAUCACAGAUGUGUCCUUGCCAAAUUAUUUAGUGGCUUCCUCAGUGGGACUUCUCCCAACACAACUCCUUAACUCCUAUCUGGGCACCACCCUGCGCACAAUGGAGGACGUGAUCGCAGAACAGAGCGUCAGUGGAUACUUUGUGUUCAGUCUACAGAUCUUCAUCAGCAUAGGCCUGAUGUUUUACGUUGUCCAUCGAGCACAAGUGGAACUGAAUGCCGCCAUCGCCGCCUGCCAGAUGGAGCUGAAGACGUCGUACAUGAAUGGCGGAGCGACCAACCACAGCGGCUCGACGUACUGCAGCAAACGGGCUGUGGCAGGAGGGGGGAUCAACGUGGUCUGAUCAACAUUUUUCUUGAGGAUGAAUAUUUUUCAACCCUCCAUCCAGUUGCAUUGCCCUGACUGGACGGGGGGAA